GGCGGUUGCUCAUUGUUUGGGAGCCUGGUCCGCGCUGGAUGUGGCUUUGAUCAGUAUGAUCAUUACCAUGCUGGAGCUGGGGGCAUCGGACUUUGUGCACCUUUGGGAUGACCAAAAGGAGAAGAUGACAAGAAGGUUCGGCAUCGACGUGCGUGGCCCGGAGAAAGGGCUGACGGUUGAUGUGGUUCUGAACUCGGGUACCUACCUGCUCUUUGUCUGA